UAACAUGGACAUAAGUAAAGUCCCCAGCAAUGCUUUCAGAGGCCUCUGCACUCAAGCUAUCAACAAGAUAAUGCUCCCCAGAAAUGGCUUCAAGGAGGUGGCAAGUGACGCCUUCAACGGCACAAAGAUGAGCAUAUUGUCCCUAAAAGGAAACAAUCAGCUUACUUUUAUCAAUCGCAACGCCUUUGUGGGUUCCAGUGAGUUGAAAGAACUGGACAUUUCGAACACAGCCCUCAGAUCCCUGCCACACUACAUCCUUGGUGGACUUCAGAUGCUGAUCGCAGAGUCCGCACAUAAUCUGAAAAAACUUCCUGAUGUUGAACUUUUCACCAAACUCAAACAGGCCAGCCUGACGUAUCCAUCUCACUGCUGUCCCUUCCAAAAUAUUCACAGAAACAGAUCGGGGAUCGAGAUCACCUGCACCCCAACCCAAGAUGCUUUUAACCCCUGUGAGGACAUCAUGUCCGCUGUCCCACUGCGGGUCCUCAUGUGGAUCAUCUCUAUCCUCGCACUGGUGGGGAAUGCAGCUGUUCUUCUGGUUUUGUUAGGCAGCCGCUCCAAACUGACCGUUCCUCGUUUCCUCAUGUGCCAUUUGGCUUUCUCUGACCUCUGCAUGGGCAUCUACUUGAUCGUCAUAGCAACGGUAGACAUGCUCACUCGUGGCUUGUACUACAACAGCGCCAUAGACUGGCAGACGGGCCUGGGCUGCAGGGUUGCGGGCUUCUUCACGGUGUUUGCCAGUGAGCUGUCAGUGUUCACAUUAACAGCAAUCACUCUGGAGCGCUGGCACACCAUCAAACACGCUCUGCGACUCGACCGUAAACUUCGCCUGAGACACGCGUGUAUUGUCAUGACAGCAGGCUGGAUCUUGUCCUCUAUCGCAGCUUUGCUGCCCACAGUCGGGGUCAGCAGCUACAGCAAGGUGAGUAUCUGCCUGCCCAUGGAUGUGGAGUCUCUGAAGGCUCAGGUCUACGUGGUUUCUCUCCUCCUCUUCAACAUCCUGGCGUUCUUCUGUGUGUGUGGCUGUUACCUCAGCAUCUACCUGACCGUCCGCAACCCUUCGUCUGCGCCCGCCCACGCCGACACUAGCGUGGCCAAACGCAUGGCCGUGCUCAUCUUCACAAACUUUGUCUGCAUGGCUCCCAUCUCCUUCUUUGCCGUGUCAGCCGCCCUUAAGCUCCCUCUCAUCACUGUCUCAGAUGCCAAACUCUUGCUGGUCCUCUUCUAUCCCAUCAACUCCUGCUCCAACCCAUUUCUUUACGCCUUCUUCACUCGCACCUUCAGGCGGGAUUUUUUUCUUCUCACAGCCCGCUUUGGCCUGUUUAAAACCCGGGCGCAGAUUUACCGGACAGAGAGCUCGUCGUGUCAGUAGCCAGCAUGAAUGAACAUUCAGUCUAGAUGGGUGCUCACUGUCAUUCAAAUAUCCAUUAGUAAAAAUGUUUGCUGGGCUGUCAAGACGAGGGUCAUAUUUCUGCUCAUAGACAAGAAGCUCAACUUUGCUAAAGAGAUGCACCUGUUGUCUUGUGUACAAGCUGUGGAGACACCAAACGGACAGCUCAAUCCUCCAUAUGAUGCACAAACUCAUCCUCUUGCGCUUUGGAUGACAUUGAAUGUUGUUGGUUUUCCUGUAUCUCUGAUAAAUAUAUUCAGUAUUUUCUGCUAGGCACUGACUGACUUGCAACAAGUGUUGUUCCUAAACCAUGUGACCCAUGGGUGAAUUUGACUGUAUGCACAGUGUGUCAAGUAAAGAUAGUUACAGAACAGACUGCAGCUACUUUGAACAAAUCUAGGUCAAAUAGCUGUCCUAGAUAAUUAUCGUGUGUUUAUUUUAACAGAUGGGUGGAGUUUAAUGCAUCAUGACAACAUAGAUUCCAAAAAACUGAUUUAACUUUCAUGCAUUGUCCAUUCAAAAAUGCUAUCCAAGAGAAUGAAAUAAACUGAAUUGCUUUGAAUUGCAAAGGUUAGAAACUUGGUAUGUCAGCUUACACACAUCAAGAGAUCGACAUUCAUUUCGCAUUCAAUGUAAGGAUUCAAUGAUAUUCAUUAAGAAGCACACUGCAGGGACCUGCUGAUUAAUAAUCCUCUCCUACACUAUCCAAGCUUCCACAUCUCUCCUACCCUUCACUGUCUUAAAAAAUCAA